ACUCUGGUGAUGCACAGCGGUGUUUUUCCGGAAGCGAGUGCGCUGUAGAUUGCAGCCAUUUCUGUCAUCGCACCGCGUUAGUCGACGUUGUUGAAGUGUCAACAACAACAACAACAGGUCGGAUCUUCCUCUCGUUCGCUCGGCUGGCUCGCCAGCUGAAUCUCUCCGGGAUGGACCCAGCAAGCCGCUACCUGGCGCUGCACAAUGAGGAAGACUCCUCGGAGGCCUCCGCCAGCGGGCAGCAGCCGUGCACCUCCGGCCAGGCGGCCGGCGCGUCCGGCCAGGACCGGAGCCGGGCCGAGCGCGGCCAGGCGUCCGCGGGCGAAGCGUCGGGGUCGGACGCCCCCCCGCCUCCUUACGCCUCCAUCGACCUGGGAGCGACCGCCGCGCCAGAGACGAGCUACCGAUGCGACUUCCCGGUCCCUCCGCCCUACAGCGUCGCCACCUCGCUGCCCACGUACGACGAGGCGGAGAAGGCCAAGGCGGCCUCCCUGGCGACCUCCGCCGUGGAGGUGACGCCGCGGGAUGACGAGUUCCCCCCCAGAGAGGAUUGCAGCGACGCCGAUCAGCUCCGAGUCGGCAACGACGGCAUCUUCAUGCUGGCCUUCUUCAUGGCCUUCCUCUUCAACUGGAUCGGGUUCUGCCUCUCCUUCUGUCUGACCAAUACCAUCGCGGGUCGCUACGGCGCCAUCUGCGGCUUCGGCCUCUCCCUCGUCAAGUGGAUUCUGAUCGUCAGGUUCUCCGACUACUUCACGGGAUACUUCAACGGGCAGUACUGGCUCUGGUGGAUCUUCCUGUUGCUCGGCAUCCUGCUGUUCUUCCGGGGCUUAGUGAACUAUCUCAAGGUCCGCAACAUGUCCGAGAACCUGGCCACGGCCCACCGGACACGCCUCUUCUUCUUCUUCUGAACGGUUUCCGAGCAAUCGCCAUUUCUUACCGACGUCCGCCGCCCUCCUCUCCCCUUCCGCCCUCACCCCCCACCUCUCUAAUGACCUGAGUGACCAGCCUGGCAGCGAAGAGGAGACGGGGGGGGGGGGGGGGGAAGAAUGAAGGAAAGGCGUCCGGGAGAACGUGUUAACAGUCUCAUUCAAAAGCAAAACGCGGCUCCCUCUCGACUUCUAAACGGCGGCGUGAAAAAAAGAAAAAGAAAGAAAAUGAGUCUUUGACGAUCAGAUCCGUCCUUCCUGUCUUUUGGUUUUUGUAAAAAAAGGAAAUUGACCUGUUUUGCAUUUUCCGGUCCCGUGGUACACGUCACGUCUCUGAAUGAGUUAGCUAACUCCGCCCCCUUUUCUCCAAGUCACCGGGUGUUUUGAACAACAAGUCUUAACUUUAACCACGAUAUAGCAUUUUUUAUUUUUUUUGCAUCCACAGCCUCUCUCCCACCGCCCCUUUUAGUCCGGAGGCCGAGGGGGAAAGAUGGCCGACGUGUUUAUAUAUCACGGGCCCCGAUGCUUUUAGUGUUUCUCCACCAAACACGCCUCCCGGGACUCGCAUCCAGACAAAAUAUGAUGACGGACCAAAAAAAAGCCGUUAUUGGAAACUCUUUUCUUCAUGUCCAAUUCUUUGUUUUUUUAAAGUCAACCGAUACUUUAAAAAGGAACGGUGACCUUUUGACCCUUGGGGACUUUUUAAAAAACUUGCCGAAACAACACCUUUUUCUAUCUGAGACUCGGUAAAAGGCCAAAAAUAAAAAGCGUUAGAAUACCAAAAUCAAAACGUAACUCGCCACACGCUCCGGUGAAACACACGUGUCACCUUCAUCACAACAGAUCUGUGAAACAUGAUAUACACCUGCUCUUUUUUUCUUUCUUUUUCGCUACACAAACUCCACUCUGUUUGCCAAAUUACGUCUGGGCGCCUCCACCGGCCACAUCGGUAGAAACCGGCCACAUCGGUAGAAACCGGCCACAUCGGUAGAAACCGGUCACAUCGAUAGAAACCGGCCCCGGGACUCGGACCGACGUGCGAGGCGAGUGAAACUCUUUGGAGGAAAAGAGUUGUCUGAAGUGUCGUUCUUUGUGAUAAACCUACAACAGUCAUGCAGUCCUGCCAUCAUGGAUCAGGUUCAUCCUAGAGGUGCUCAUUGGACAAACUGCACUGCGUGUGUGUGUGUGUGUGUAACGUCACACGUGCCAACAAAAUUAUUUUAAAUCGGAUGAAAAUGCAAUAAAAUAGCUCCUGAAAUGUGACGGGGUCUGCAAGUCGGGCAUGAUUUAGAGAACGCGGUGAUCCUUAUCCUUGGGGGGGGGGGGGGGGCAGCAGCAGCCAAUGAGCUGGUCCGACUGGUCAAUUUAAAACAGGCUUGGAUUAAUUCUUCUUUCUUUCUCUUUUUUGUUGUCAUCCAUGAAAUGUACAUACCAGUUUAUGCCAAUUCAUAAUAUUUGCACUUUGAAGAAUUUCUGUACAGUACGAUUUGUGAAUCUGCUCAACUCGAUGUGUUGGGCAGAGAAGAAGAUAAAGAAAAAAUUUAUCAAAUCUACAACUGGAAUUCCUAAUCAUCCCAAAUGGACAAUUUGCCUAUUUAUUUCAAUUUUUCAACAAUGGUAAUGUUCUUACUGCGUGUGUCUUGUGUUAUUGCUGAAACCAGCAUAAACUGUGACGGCUUGUUGCUCAGCUUUUGCUCUUCUUUCUUUUGCCUCUGCUCAUAUCCAACUAAAGCCUCUGUCGGCAAUAUCACGGCGUGUCAAUGAAUUAGAGCUCAGCUGCAUGAUUUAUCCACACGACCGCGUGGGCUAAUAUUAGGAUUAAUCUAGUACGAUGACAUUUCUUUGUUUGUAAAUAAAUGAAGAAGAAAAAACGAGACGGCAUCUAAACUGUUUUUGUUGUUUUUGGUCCAACAUGAUCCUUGUAACGUCUUUUGAAAAAAAAAAACAGCGGUUAUGACUGGAAUUAAAUGAUUUCUUGCAAAAAUGCCAAUAAAGGUAAAUAAAGUUUUA